UUUACUUCGUAAGCAUCUUCACGAGAUGCUUUUUACUUCUUCCAUAAAGUUUUCUCCUUUCUUUCGCUGACAAUUUUGAAUGUUUGUCGGGACAGUUGUCUCCUUUAUUGCUCCGUAGUUUAUUGACUUCGUUAAUUAUCUUUUCAGCCAAGCAACCUUACUUCGUCCAUCUUUAUUUCGUGGUGGGUGUCUUGUUGGGUACUCCAACUAAUUCUUCUUAUACAAGGUACUUCAUUUUUAGGGUGCUUCUUCUUCGUGCUCUGCCUUAUUAGCUAGCGAUGAGGUAAUUCUGACAUUUGAUUUGAUAAGUCACUGACCGAGAUUUUUAAGUGAGAUUCUUCAGUCCUAUCUCGUGCCUUCCUAUCCGGCCACGUGGCGAACAUAUUUUGUGUACCUACACUAAGUCAUAAUGAAAUCACUUAUAAAUUCAAACUACUCUUCCAAUACUAAUCCAAACUAGUUCUUCUUCUUCUUCCCUUCUUCUUCUCAGCUUCUGUAAGAGUGAAGAAACCAGAAACAAGAAAAACUCUGAUCACAUUUUGGUUUAGAACAGGAAGAAUAUUAUAGUAAUCAAUGAGAAAUUUUGGUGGUUUCCACUGUUGGGGUCGUGUAUGGCUUCAGGUUUUACUUGCAAUGGCUUUGGUCUCUAUCUCUGUAUCUAAUAAUGUAGGGUCUGUUUGUGGUCAUCCAAACCUGUCCAAUUCACCACACCCGCCAUAUGAUUACUCAUCUCCACCACCAUCAGUCAAUUCUUCCCCACCAAGUUACUACCACACUUCACCAAACAUACAGUUAUCAGGUUUUGUAUUGGCAAGGCACACGAACGAAGAUCCAACUUUCUGUAUUGCAAGAACUUCGGCCGAUGAGAGUAAGUUGCAGGAAGCUCUGGAUUGGGUUUGUAGUCAUGGGGUGGAUUGUUCCCCUCUGUUGGAGGGGAAACCAUGCCACGAUCCCGAUACCGUUGCUGCACAUGCCAGUUACGCAUUCAAUUCAUAUUAUUACCUGAGUGGAAAGCUCACCGGAACAUGUGAUUUCAGAGGUCUCGGGAAUAUCACCCGUACCAACCCGAGUCACGGAGCAUGUAUAUUUAGUGACCGCUUUGGGUUUGAAUCACCCAAUUCCUCGGGGUUUAAAUACUCCAAACUAGGUGCGGCUGGAGCUUUACUGCUUAUUCUUGUGACUUGGGUUCUGAGCAACUGAGAGUGUUAUAACUGUGAGGUGCAGACCAGUGUUAGAAUAAAAAUGUCUGUUUCACUUAUUACCGCAAAAAUGUUAUGAACAGUGUUUCUGUUGACAAAGUGGACAAACUUUAUAAGAUAUUUACUAUGAUA